GCCGCCGCCCCCCGCGCGGGGAGACGGGGGGAGUGCGGGGGGCGCGGCGGGAGCGCGGCAGCGGGAGCGCGGCUAGGGAGGAGUGGAGAGGAGCGGAACGAGCCGGCGGCAUCCCCGGGUCCGGUGAGCCCGGCGGGUGGCGAGGUGCGGGAUGCGGCGGAGCGCGGCGGCGUGCUGGGCGCUGGUGCUGCUGGCCGCCACCUUCUGCGACACGGUGGCCGGCAAGGGUGGGCGCGGCGGAGCCCGCGGCGCGGCCCGCGGAGCGGCGCGGGGGGCGGCCCGCAGCCGGCCGAGGGCGGCCGUGCCCCGGUACGGCUCUGCCGGGGCGGCCCUGCGCGUGGCGGGGGCGGCGGCGGCGGGAGCGGCGGCCGGCGUGGCGGCGGGGGCGGCCCUGCGCCGGGCCCGGCUGUCCGGAGAGCUGCAAGCGGGAGACGGCGUUGAAUACCGCGACGGCAACUGGACGGCGGCCGCCAGCGCCUGGACCUCCGCCGCGCCGGCCGGGACCCCGCCGAGCCGGGCGCUGCCAUGGCUCUGCCCGCUGGCCGCCCUCCUCCGCCGCUGAUGGAUUUCGGAGGACCUGACUGUGCCCGGUGCACUCACGACGCCGCGAGGACCGGCCGCCCCCACACGGGGCUGAGCCCCAUGCCCCGGGCGAGCAGCGGCUCCCGGGGCUAUGGUCACCCACCGCCGGCGGGGCAGGACCCCCGCGGAAGACCCUCCACCACCACCCCUCCACACCGAGCCAAACCCCGCCGGCUCGGGCUCCCCUCCGCACCGCGCCCCCGUCCGUGGGACCGUGGCCUCGCCGUGUCCGGAGGCCGAGGAGGCGGCAAUAAAACUGGGUAAAAGCA